AUGGAUAUACUAAAACAUCGCUCUGUUCAAACGCAAUCAAUUCAAAAGAUUGCAAAUUCUAUUGCAAAAAAUCCAGGAAAAGCUAAAUUGCGCAUUAAUGGUGGAAUUGAACCUUCUUUUCUGGAACAACUGUGGUCAUUUAUAACACCAGAACAUACUGGGGUAGUUUCUUUGCAUGCAGUCAAUAAACUAAUCUCUCUUGUAACUAUAGGUGCUAUAAAAUGGGAAGAAACUUUGAAUCAUUUGACAGAUUUGUUAUCAACAUCUUCAGGCGACUCAAAAUUUCAUAACGUUAUAAUUACAGGAAUAACGGAUCUUCUAAUUAAUCAUUUAGACGGAAAUAUUGAUUCAGUAGGAUAUGAAUCACCGUUCAAUAGUAGGGCAAGAAAUUAUGAAGGGGAAAUAGAUCACCCUUUUAUUAUUGUUGCUAAUUCUGAUAUUAUUAAACUAGAAGAAACAUGGUUAAUAUUGAUUUCACAUUUAGAAAGGAUUUUUGAUUUGUCAAGAGUAAAGCUUUCAGCAUCACAACAUAUCACGAAAGAAAAGAGAUCAUUACAUUAUUUAGUAAACUGUCUUGAAAUGAUGAAACCUUUCCUAGAUUUUGUUAUAUUAAAUGGCUUACAACAACAUAAUAAAAACUACCGGUCUUUAACUAUUAUACAACUGCUGAUUCGAUUAAUGUAUAAAUAUGGAAUUUAUGAGAUAUUUAUCAAGACUUUGAUGAAUUAUUUACUUUCAAUAACACAAGGUUUAUCAUUUAUUGAUGAUAAUGUGAAUACUUAUAUUAUCAUACAAUCACUUGUGCAAAUAAUAAAUAUCAAUAAUAAAACCAAUUCUAUUCUUAAUGAAUGUUCAUCAAAUUUGCUUAAUCAAAUGUUUAAUAUCGCUUGUGAUUUAAUCAACAACGAUGAUAAUCUAUCAAUAACAACAACAAACAAUUAUAUUCCUCUAAUUUAUCAACUAUUAAUAUUAGAUGAUGGAAAAAUCCAUAAUAUUAUUCCAACAUCAAACUUCAAUCUUGUAUGGGCAUCUUUAUCUUAUUUAUUAUUGAUCACUCAAUCAUUUGAUGAUCAAAAUUUGAUAUUAAAAAUUAUGGAUAAGUUAAUUGAAGAAAACUUGAAAUUAUUAAAUAUCAGCAAUAUCAUUGCAGAUUUAGAAAAAGGAGAAAUCAGAAAUUUAGCAAUGGGAAUUCUUUUCAGAUUACAAAAAUUUCAAAAUUUAAAAAUUAAUCAAAAUUUUUUAUCUAAAGAGUUAUCAUCAGAAAUAUAUAAUUUAUCAUCAUCAACUUUUCAAAAUAAAAAAAUUCAAAAGUCUAAUAACACACAGAUUAAUUUAUUGUUUCACAUUCCAUAUUUAUUUCAUGAAAACGACACAAGUAAAAUUGAAGCUUUGGAUUAUCUUACAUCAGUAAUAACUGAAGAUAUGCAAAUGGCAAAAUCAUUAAAAUUGCCAAUAUUUUUGUUAUUAUUAUACAUUCUAAGGAAUGAUAUUUCAUCAUCUAUUCAUCUUCAUAUCUUGUAUGAUUCUUUACCAUCAUUAAUCACAAGAAACGAUCCAAUUAUCACAACUAAAAUUUUUAAAGUUAUCACUAAUAUUAUGCAAGAGGAAGAGUUAAAUUUAAAUAAUAAUGAUGGUAUGUAUUAUUAUAAAUUAUCAACAAUUGGUAUAAGGGUUUUAUUUAAAUGCUGGAAAAGACAAAAAAGAUGUUGGGAAGCUUUAAUAUCUGUGAUAAGUAAUUGGGUAGAAGAUAGACUACUUAAGACUUCAAUUGAUAUUAAAAGGGAAGAUUUUGAACUAGAAAUAUCAAUACUGAGUACUAUCAGAGAUAUUUGUAAGGUAGAUGCAGUAAAUUAUUCUGAAGAAUUAAUUCCUUUAAUAUCAAGUUUACUUCAAUCAACAAUAUUACAUCCAAUUAGUUUAUGUUUAGUAAUUGACACUUUAAAUACAUGUAUUGAGGCCAAUGCUGCAGAUAUUUAUGAAGUUUGGAAUAAAUUCAUUGUUUAUAUUGCAGAAAUUGUGAAAAUAAAUAAAAUUUCAAAUUUACAAGUAAUUAGUAUGUUAUGUAAUUUUUAUCAAUUGGUAGCGAAACAUGAUGAUGAUUGUGAAGAAUAUGAAGAACUUAAGAAUGAGGUUUUAUCAAAACACAUGUAUCCAUUAAUUUCUACUGGAGAGGCCCCAAAUAGCUUAAAAGAUAAAGAAAAUGACAAUGUUGAUGAUGAACAAGAGAAAACAAAACCUUUUGAGUUUCAAAACAAUCAAGAGAUUUUAAAAUGUGCAUUAAAAGCAUUAUCAUUUUUUCCUGCAACUUGUAUCCUUUCAACAAUUUUUUCCAAGCAACCAAAGAUUAUUGUUAAUCAAAUAAGUCAUUCUAAAUAUUUAAGUCAGAUUGAUGAAUGGAAAUUUGUGCUGAGUAAUUUGAUUUCUUAUGAAAUUGAAAAUAUGAGUCGUACAUUAUUCAAAGGUAGAACCAAAUUUACUGGCAAAGGGGUAGGAGGAGCGGAAGACAGAAAAGAUGAAGAUGAAGAUGAAAAGAAAUUACAAAAAGUUAAAGGUAGUUUGUUUUCAAUCAGUUCAAAAAUUAUUGAAUCAUGGGAAAGUGGAAAGGUUGUGCCAGGAUUAAGACAACAAAAAAAAGAUGACCUUGUAAAUAAAAUAGAAUUUAUAAAAUCAACUAAAUUUUAUAAAUUGUUGAUGAAUGUAAUUCAAGAUGUUAAUUUAACAGAUCAUUGGAUGAUUAGAAUUGGUCUAUGCUUAGCUUUGAGAUCACUUAAUAAUGUAUCAAAAGAGCAAUAUGCUGCAAAUAUUUUAAGAUGUUUAAGAGAGAAUUAUUUUGUUGAUGGAUCAUUUCAAGACACUGUUGAAAAACAUGAAAAUCAAGAUAUAAGCUUGAUUACAAGUGAUGAAGUACAAUUUAGUGUUAUGAUUUCUUUAGGAUACUUAACAACCUUGGUACUGAUGGAUGAAAGAUUUACACAAGAAAUUAUUAAUUUGUUGGUUUCAAAAUUAAUUGAUGAUGAUAAGAGAACUCCUGAAAUGGAAAAUAAUUGUUCACAAACAAUUCAAUUCCUUGAAGAAUAUUUUUUUCAAUCAAAUAAUAACCCAGAAACAGAAUCGCCAGCAUUAUUAAUUGAUUCAUAUUUAGGUUUUAUGCUUGGAUUAUCAGGGGUUAAUCAUGAAGAAGUUAAAGAAGUCAAGACAAUUUAUCAAAAAGCAUUAUCUGAUUUAAAAAAGUUUGUUGAGUUAAAUGGAAAAGUUAAAAAUGAUCAUAAGCGGCGGAUUUUAGGUUCAGCUUGGUUUGUUGCAUUUUCAAAAUUUGAAAAAUAUGAUGAAGGUAUUAUUGAACUUUUUGAAAAAUUAACAAGUGUUACCACAUCAAAGGGAGAAUGGACCGGAUAUGAUAUUCAUUUUACUCAAACUUAUUGUUAUGUAUUACAAACUGUUCUAUUAAUCAUACCAAUAAGAGCAAUAUUACCUAAUUUACAGAAAUUUAAUGCCCAAUUGAGCUCUCAAAUAGAAGUUCUUUCAUCGCCAGGAUCUAAUUCUAAAAAACGUCAGAAUGCAAUUUUGGCUUUAGGUUCUUUAUCAGGGGUGAUAUAUCCACACAAUUUUUUUUAUGAAAAGGCCAAUUCAUAUUUGUUUAAAUCUAGACCAUUUACAGUGAUCAAUCAAGUAUUGGAUACAUUAAAAAAUAUAGCAGGUAUACCAUCAUCAUCACCAUCUAGUACUGUUUUUGCUGGAGCAGCAGAAAUAAUGAUUAAAGAUGUGAAAGGUGCAAGGCUGGCAGCUAUUAUUUUGGGCAAGAUGACACAAAGUGUUGAUAAACUUUUAGUUGAAAGUAAUGAUGUUCUAAUAAAAUCAGUAUCAAAAAAUAUUGCUGACACAGAACCUAAAAACUAUUCUAGACUACCUAAUUCAAGCUAUUUGAAAUUUUUGUUUGUAGCAUUAACAGAUGUAACAGAUAUUUUUUCAAGUAAAAGUCGUUAUGUAUAUAUGAAUUCUCCAGAAUCUACUAUAUCAAUAGAAUCAGCACAAUUGUUUUUUUCAACACUUAUGAAUGUCAAUCAAGUUUUUCCACCAGUAAAUUGGUUCCCCUUACUUGUAGAAUUUAAUAAACCAAACUUUAAACAAUUUAAAUUGCAUGUUGAAAGUAUUAAGUUUGCAAUAAAAUAUUGUGAUUGGUCAGCAUCUUUAACAGAAUACCUUAUGUAUGUAUUAAUGAAAUUCCCUGAUAUUCAAGUUAUAUCUGAUGAUGGUGAUGAUUUUAAUAGUGGUGACUUGGGAUUUGAAGAAAUACUUCAAAGGCGAGGAAUCAAUGACAUUUUAAAAAAAUCAACAAUUCAUGAUUCUCGUCUUUUAGAAAUCUUUGAUGUUUUAUUUGAAAAAUUAUUUGAAAAAGUGGAAAAUAAAUAUUUAAAAAUUAUUAAGGGAUUACAGAUAAAAUUUCUAAGAACAAUAAAUUAUUAUAUUCCAUCAAAUGACAAAACAUCCAACACUGAAGAUUAUUUGACCAUAACCCAACAAGAAUUAAUUAAACGAUUAAAAAAACAUUUUUACAAUUUUAAAAUAUCAGAUUUGAAAGAACAAGAUGUUUACAUAAUACAACUGUUUACAAAAACUUGUAUGUUUUCUAAUGAUGAUAUUAUAAAAGGUGAUCAGUUGUAUGAAAAUGAGGAAGGAUUCAAGAAAUAUGUUGUAACAAUUUGUACAAUGGUCCAAUUGAAUCGUAUAGAUUCAAAAUAUCUUAUAAAUUUAUUACAAGAAAGUUUAUCACGCUCAUCUAAUAACAAAAAUAUUUUAAUAUUUUCGUGGAUUCUUUUUACCAUCCAUUUUGACAUAUUCAAUAAUGCUAAAAAAUCAAACAAAAAAAAAAUCAUGAGAUCAAAAUUAGAAUGGCUUGUCAACUUGAUGGAUGUUUUGAUUAUAGUAACCAAUUCUCCUAAUCAAGAAUCAUCAUCAAUCAACAAAAUAUGGUAUUAUGGCAUUAAUGUGGUGAUGAAUGGUUUAAUUAAUUUAAGUUGGUGUGAAGAUGAUGUUAACAUUGAUAAUAUUAUUGAUGGUAAUAAUGGUGGUGCUACUACCCUUGCUAAUGCUAUGAUCAAUUCGUGUUUUAUUGAUUGUCAGAUAUUUGAUGAAAAUUUUAUGAGAAUUUUCAAUAAUCCUGUUAUUGUGAAACAACUUCCAAAUUUAAUUAUCAAAGAAAUUCAACAAUCAGUUGAUAUGGAUGAUAAUGGGUUUAACACAUUAAAUGAAAAGGUAACUAAAAGAUUUCUACAGUUAUUUGAAAAUUUGAGGAAAGAUAAGGCAAACGAGGCAAGCCAUAUAUUUUGGGAAAUUUUAAAUAGAUUGAGAUCACCUAAAAUCAGGCUUAUUUCAGAUAAUGAAAGUUGGGUAUUAUUUGAAUAUUAA